GCCUGACCACCAGGAUUUUCCACUCCAGCAAUCCAGGAGAGUAGAAGCAAGACUUUGCAGAGCAUAAAAUUCAGCUAAAGCAGGGCACCAAGAAAGAAAGUACCCACUUCCUCAAGGGGCCUAGAACCUUCUUCUUCCUUCCUCAGAUCUGCACCUGGUUUCAUCUUUGUUUCUUGAAAGCCAUUGGUGGGAGUCUCCAUGCCUUAAGAAGCCUCUGCUGGGACUGUGCCUGAGGAUUAAUAGGAAGAAUAUUCAGGUGACCACUUUGGAGCUCUGCUGAUAAUCUGCUGCCUGGCCUCCUCUCCUCCUCACUGCUUCAAAGGGAAGAAGCCUCCCUCCUAGGGAUUUACUUUCCACCCAAGAAAGAAUUGGACCCCAACACCAUGGUCGUUAAAGACAGCAGGGAUACUGGAGACACUCGAUUUGGGGUGCUCCUGGAGCCCUUUGUCCACCAGGUUGGUGGGCAUGUAAGCAUGAUGAAAUAUGAUGAGAACACCAUCUGCAAGCCCCUCAUCUCUCAGGAACAGGGGUUCUAUGAGUCCCUGCCCUUAGCCAUGAAACAGUUCACCCCGCAGUAUAAAGGCACUGUUACUGUGCAUCUCCGGAAAGACAGUCAGGGUCAUCUCAGUCUGGUUGCCAGUCCACUGACAGAUAACUGUGGGCCCUAUGAUGUAUCACCAGAGUCAUCAGUGAUGUUAUGGCAGAAGCUGCAGAAGAACAGCAGUGGCCACGGCAAUGACCACCCCCUUGUUCAGUGGAAGCAUACACAGCUAACACAGUCUCUGAAGGAGAGCUGUCCAGGCAAAACGCUCCUGAGGACCGAAUUCCAUGUCUCCUCUUUUAUGGAAGACACAAAUGGCAACCAGGCAGAGAAGAGGGGCUGCAACCCUUGGAGACUGCACUGCCAUAAGAAACACCUAACCCGGAUGUACUCUGAGUACCAAGAGAAUAAAAUGCAUCGGUUUUUGCUGCUUGAAAAUGUGGUGUCAAAGUACAAAUAUCCUUGCAUUCUGGACCUGAAGAUGGGCACGAGGCAACAUGGAGAUGAUGCCUCCGAGGAGAAGAAAGCCCGCCACAUAAAGAAAUGUGAACAAAGUACCUCCGCUUCCCUUGGGGUUCGCAUCUGUGGUAUGCAGGUUUAUCAAGCAGAUUCAAAUUACUUUCUCUGCAAAGACAAAUAUUAUGGAAGAAAACUUUCAAUUGAUGGGUUCAGGCAGACUCUCUAUCAGUUCCUGCACAAUGGCAUUCAUCUUCGAACGGACCUUCUGGAACCCAUCCUCUUCCAACUCAAGGCUCUCCUUUCAGUCAUUAAGAACCAGAGUUCCUAUCGGUUCUACUCCAGUUCUCUCCUCAUUAUCUAUGAUGGACAAAUGCCCCCAGAAAGAACCACAGGCAGCCAUCUUCAGGGGUCUUUGCAGAAGACAAACUGCUCCUCUCCGGAAGGGCUCUCCAAAGUCGAUAUCCGCAUGAUAGACUUUGCACAUACAACUUACAAGGGCUCCCGGUACAAUCACCCCAUCUAUGAUGGACCAGAUCAUGGCUAUAUUUUUGGUCUAGAAAAUCUCAUCCAGAUCCUUCAGGCUAUCUCAGAAGUUGAAUGACAUUGGAUGAGACUGCAAGGACUUUGCUGGGGUACAGUUCUCCAACGGGACCUACGUAUAGCAAGGGUAGACGAUGCCCCCCCACAGCUUUUUAACUACCAGGUCUGCUUAUAAGGGUUGUUUGGAAGCAGAGCCCAGGAAGCUUCCUAUGUAAAGCAAGAGACUUUUAUGGGAAAUACCACUUAAGAAGCUAGGUGCACAGCAAACCCACAUUGAAUUAAUUCCACAUACUCUUGAAUCACACCAUAAGGCUAUUAGUGCGAAAGUAGAAUCCUUUAGGCAUUCAGAUGACACAAUGGAUAUAGUGCUGGGCAUGGAGUCAGAAAGACUCAUUUUCCUGAGUUCAAAUCUGGCCUCAGACACUUAGAAGCAAUGUGACUCUGGGCAAGUCACUUAACCCUGUUUGUCUCCGUUUCCUCAUCUGUAAAAUGAGCUGGAGAAGGAAAUAGCCAACCAUCCCAGUAUCUUUGCCAAGAACACCCCAAAUGGGGUCACAGAAAGUGGGACAUGACUGAAAACAACUAAACAACAAAAAGAACUCAAUAUAAAAUGGGUCCACUUUGGAUGUCAUUCAAGGGUGUUUAGUUAUUGAAGUAACAAAAUAGCCUCAACAGGUAAUUUUUCCUAUCAAUUGGUCUCAUAGCAUGGACCUUAGGAAUAAUGUUAUAGCAAAGUACUAGUGUAUUUACAUCUAAGACUCUCUUCCAUUUGUUUUGCUACAGUCCUCCAGAAGAACACUACUUGAAAAAGUCUUAAAGAUGAAAUACAGAUAAUCUCAAUAGCUUUUUGCUUUCACGGGCCACUCGCUCUAGGAAAUAUAUGAAGAACUCAUUAAGGGGUUUUAUCCUUUUCAAGAGACAUUUUCCAAGGAACAGAAUCCAAAAAGACAAGUUUACAGAUCUUAGCUUUUUUUCUUUUUCACUUGGGCUCAUAGUAGUGGGC